AUUUUGUCUGCAACACACUCGAGCAUCAGUCAUUUAUGGUGUCGAUUUAUGGUAAAUACACCAUUCUAGAGCAAUAAGUAGACCAAGCUUGCAUAUUUUUAUUAGUAUAAUACGUCUCUGGAAAAAACGAUAUAUAAAUUAUAACACCAAAUCAUGAGUUACAAAAGUUAGAUUGCAUGUCACAUUGUGCAUAUUUCAGUUACUCAUUGUGUAAACAUAACCAACAACAAUACAGUCUUGUUUCAGAAGUUUCACUCAUGGAAUAAGAUAUAUUGUGGUAUAGGUUUCACUCUUGUGUCUUAAGCAAUGUUUAGUUACAAUAAUAAUUACGUAUACUCACAACAAUACAGUUGACUACUGAGUAUUGCGAUUUUGAUAACUCAAAAUGGGCCGACUGUCACCGACUUUAUAUCAAUCAGCCAAGUCACGGAGGAUAAUUCUCAGAUCCAGACAAAAUUAAUUUUAGUCUGUUAAUUUUCAUCUCUUCAUAAUUAUAGACAAUCUCUAAUUGAAAGUUGACGUGCAGCGUGUGAAAAAUUGUCAUUAUUAACCGAAAUUGAAAAGUACAUUAUUCUGCAAGAUCAAUGUCAAGUGAAGACGAAUCAUGCUUGGAUGAUUAUGCAAUGGCAUUAUCAGUUCUUCAUUUUAAACUUUGACUUUCUGUCAUAAUUGCCGAUCAACCUUUAACCUAAUAACUGGGUAAAUACCCUCGCAGUCGUGGUCAGUGUGUGCGCAAAUGUUCUUGUGAUAACGUGAAUCAUUCAGUGAAAAUCCAAGUCUGGAUAAAGGAUUGCGAUUACUAAUAAAGAGUGAAGAGUUUGGCCAAACAAGUGUCAAGUGUCAUGUAUUAUUAGUUCUUGUAAGAAUUUCGUAGCGUCGUAAAUUCCUCAAGACUGUGUUUUUUUUUGUCCUGGAAUAAUUUGUGACAACGACUACGACAGUGUUGAAGAACAUAUAUUAUUGACAGGAUAGUCCUCAGUUCAUCAGACUAACUGCAUAUUCGAGACUGGGGUUUUACGUGGAUGAAAUAGAAAAUAGUUUCCGAGAGUUGCGUAGUUUUAGCUUUGCAUUACAUUUCCACUGAACUAGGAGCAUGGGUAUAAGCAAGUUAAACGAUACUCGUUAAAAGUCAAGAAAAGUGCUGAGCUGUUGUGACGCUCGUGAUCUCAUCAUAGCUCAUUCGUUAUUAGAUCACACUUCAUCUGCAUAAUAAUAUUACUCAUAUCAUUGUCUCACAAAUAUGCUUCUCUCCUACACCACUCAAAACAUCUUGCUGGUGAACAAAGAGCUAAUUAACACUGCAAAUAGCGAUAGUAAUAACAAGAAGGAGCUGUAUAACCCCGUCGGCAAUGGCAUUAUUUCGCAUAACAAAGAUACGGCGACAACAAGGAACCGUAAAAAUAGUGGUUGCGUUCUCCUUACGCUGGGCAAAUGGUUCGCUCCGCAGUGUCUCCCGUCAAAGGAGGAGGGCAAUAAAGGUGCCGACAUGUCCAGAUCUAAAUUCUGGGUUAGAAAGGAGAAUUGCAGACUGUGGGGAGAAGAAAAGGAGGAGAAUGCAGUGUUUGGCGUGUUCCUCAAGAAAGUAAGAUAUCAAAGGCCAUCAGCAAUAGUGCAAAUAGUCCAAGCCAGCGGAAAUCAUAAUCUUUCGGUUAGCUCCUCAACUUCCGGGGGUCGUCGAAGCAUUGGCAGCAACGACGAUGACUUGCACGAAGAAAUAGCUCAUCUCAUGUGGGAAACAGUGAAGGUCAAAGUGCUGAAAGCUGGAUCACUGGAGAAAGUUGUCGAAGCCAUUUCAAAUGAGGAUAGUGAUGUUCAGGCUACUCACCUUAGCGUGUUUCUCGCCACAUAUAGAGCGUUUGCAACGGCUCCCGAAGUUAUGAAGGAAAUCAUUAAAAUAUACAAGCGAGCAAAUUCAGAGAUUUUGAGAAAAGCCAUGUUGGAUUCUAUCCAUGUGUGGCUGGACACUUAUUCUGAAGAUUUUGACCCUGGGUCGGAGGGUUUCAUUUGUUUGCAAAAGCUUGUUCUUCCAUUCACUCACGAGGAAAACCUAAAAUCAUUGAGUCUAAAGGUUCAGUACAAGCUAAGAACAAGAAGAAAAAUGAGGAAAUCAGCAUCCGUUCAUUCCUUAAGAACCCAAAUUCCACUUCAAAUUAAGAUGUACUCACUACUGUCCAUUCCAGAAUCUCACUUUGCUCAACAACUCACUUAUAUUGAUAAGGAACUUUUUCUAAAUCUUCGUGUGUGGGAGUGUCUUGGAGGUUUGUGGAAACGUCGAUGUGGUUGCCCAACCGUCCACGCGACGGUGGAACAAUUCAACGCUUUAUCGGGUCGAGUCGUAGCCACAAUUUUACUCGACCCUACAGCUACAACUCAACUACGAGCAAAAUAUUUGGAUAAGUGGAUCCGGGUUGCACAGGAGCUUCGUUUGCUGAAAAACUUUUCUUCACUUAAAGCCAUAAUAUCAGGACUUGAAUGCAAUCAAGUGUGGAGAUUGCAAAAAGUCUGGAGCUUGAUUUCCAAGGACAGAAUCUCAAUUUUCUCCCAGCUAUCGCAAAUUUUCUCUGAGGAUAACAACCGUAGUGCCCAAAGGACGCUGUUGGAGGCGGAAGGAACUGCAAAAUUCCCAACCCCAACAAAAAAUCCAAAAGAUAGGAAAUUCUUUGCUCGUGUUCUUCGUGGCCAAGGGACUGCUGGUCGAGGGGUUGCUUCAACUGAAAUUGACAGCCCAAAUGGAACAGUCCCAUAUCUCGGUACUUUUCUGACUGAUUUGACCUUUAUCGACUCUGCCAUUUCCGACAAAGUUCACGGAGAUCUGAUUAAUUUUGAGAAAAGGAGGAAAGAGUUUGAAAUUCUUGCCCAGCUCAAAUUACUUCAGGGUUCUGCAAAAGGUUACAGGUUGGAGGAAGACCCGUAUUUUUCCACGUGGUUUAACUCUUUAGUUGUCCUCGAUGAUAAAGUAUCAUAUGAACUUUCUCUCGGAAUUCAGCCCGAGAAAAAUCCACCCCCAACAAAUGGACACCGAAAAACGGAUUCCUUUACGUCUCAUUCGUCCUCAGAAAAUAUAGAGUCGUCGUCUGCUCUUCAAAGAAAGGGCUCAAUUCCGAGCUCCAAUGAGAGUUCGAUAUUGUAUGGAACCACAGCCAACGGGAGCACAGGAAGUGGAAUAAUUUCACCCAGCCCAGACACAUCAUCAUCAUCGCUUGUGGUGAAAGUGUCCACCCCUGUGAAAGGAGAUGUCAUGUACAAAUCCAUCAUGAUUGGAAACUCUGACCACACACCCAAAGUCAUUGCAUUGGCAUUAGAGAAAUUAGGACUGGAAGAAGAGGACCCAAAAAAUUUCAACUUGGUUCAAAUUUUGCCUAUGAAGGAGCUUAAAUUUCCGCCAAACGCCAAUAUUUUUUACGCGGUGGACACGUCGGCUAGGUCGACUGGAGGAGAUAUCCGUCUAGAAGUUCGACCUAACAAAUUUACUCUGAAUCACAACAAUAAUAACAACAACAAUCUAACAAAUGCUUAUGGAAAGUCAAGUGUUUCUAGAGCACAUCAACAACCGAGAUCUACAUAAAAUUCCAAACUCGACUGAAACAUUUUUGUUUACUAUGAUAAGAAAGAGUACUAAUGGGACCUUAUGCAGCCUUCCCUCCUUAUAUUUCGUAUUUUUAUGAUAGUUGACUAGAUGUAGUGAUAUAUCUUGAAAGUAAUAUAUUAAAAGAUGGGCGUGAUUUGACGUGAGCCUGUGAUAUCUCAACUUAGUAGCGAAGGUGCAGACACAACUGAAUUGAUAUUGAUUUGAUAUGUUUUAAAUAUUUUUUUAGCAAAAAUACACAAUCAAACAUCGACAAAAUCAUUUUAGAUGUAUUACCAUUUUAUAAAUAAAAAAACUACUUUUAAAGCUA